UCCAAACUUGCUCUGUGGUACUAUGUACUUGUUAUUUAUAGUCUAUGCUGUAUUGUCGUAUUCAUAAAAAACAACAAUGCUUACAGUAUUAAACAAAUCCUGAUAACGGCAUAAUAGAAUAAGCGUCAAAAUGUCAGCUGAAUCGGACAUGGAAUAUUCGGAUAACGAUGGUGACGAUUAUGAUUAUUACGGAGAACAAGAUGAUUGUGAUAUGGAAACCGUCGACCAGAGUAAAACUGAUCCAGAAUAUUUUUUGUACUCUUGCUUGAGAGUCGAAGAAGUGGAGAAACUUUUAAAUGAAUCCAUUGAACUCCUUAGUAAUAGCCUUCAGAUAACUCCUUCCCUUGCUAAAGUGAUGCUGCAUGCCUAUAGAUGGAAUGCCCAAGAGAUAAUUAAUAAAUAUAAGGAAAAUGCUACUGAAGUACUAAUUUAUAGUCGUGUUAAACCUUGUGUGCCUUCAACACCGGGGAAUUCCAGUCGUUCCCUUUGUGCUGUAUGUGCUAAUACACCUCCCAUACACAGAUUCAGUGCACUAGCUUGUGGUCAUUACUUUUGCAAUGAUUGCUGGGCUAUGCAUUUUGAAGUACAAAUUAUGCAAGGUGUAUCCAAUACAAUACAAUGCAUGGCUCAAGAGUGUGAAGUCAGAGCGCCAGAGGAUUUUGUGUUGUCACAUGUCACUAAGCCCACUCUUAGAGACCGUUAUCAGCAGUUCAUGUUCAAGGAUCAUGUGAAGUCGCACCCUCAGUUGAGGUUUUGUCCAGGUCCUAAUUGCCAGUGGAUAUUCAGAGCAUGGGUUCGUGAAGGUGCCCGCCGAGUGGAAUGCCAAGGUUGUGAAUUAUUGACAUGUUUCUCAUGUGGAGCUCCCCAUCACGCACCUACAGACUGUGUAACAAUACGUCUCUGGUUGACCAAAUGUGCUGAUGAUUCGGAAACAGCAAAUUAUAUCAGUGCACAUACUAAGGACUGCCCUAAAUGUCAAAUAUGCAUCGAAAAAAAUGGGGGAUGUAACCAUAUGCAAUGCGGCGCGUGUAGACAUGACUUCUGUUGGGUCUGUUUAGGUGAUUGGAAAUGCCAUGGAUCUGAGUAUUAUGAGUGCAGCCGUUAUAAGGAAGACCCUAAUCUGGCAAGUGAUAGUCAACAUGCGCAGGCACGUGAAGCUUUAAAAAAAUAUUUACAUUAUUACGAAAGAUGGGAAAACCACGCUAGAUCUCUGAAAUUAGAAGAGCAAACUUUAGCAAGUUUAAAGAGCCGGAUCAAUCAGAAGGUCAUGGCAGGUGAAGGCACCUGGAUUGAUUGGCAAUAUCUCUGGGAUGCCGCUAAACUCUUAAAACGCUGUCGGUAUACACUACAAUACACAUAUCCAUUUGCGUAUUACAUGGAUAUUGGUCCUAGAAAAGAACUGUUUGAGUAUCAACAGGCACAACUGGAGGCUGAAAUAGAAAACCUCUCAUGGAAAGUUGAAAGGGCAGAAACAACAGAUAGAGGGGAUUUAGAAAAUCAAAUGGAUAUUGCAGAAAAACGACGAACAACAUUGCUCAAGGACUUCCUAGAUAUACAUACAAAUAUUGCGACUAGUAGUAAAGUGUAAAAAAAAUCACAAAUAAAUAAUAUUUUUAAAGUAACCAAUAAUAAAUAUAACAGCGGAAGCACAUUUGUACUAUAUUUGUGAAUGCUAGAUUUUUUGUUUUGCCAAAGUAUAUUUAUUGAAGUGAUUUUGCAAUAAAAUAGUUAAUUCACUGC